UUCCUUUCCAAAAAAGAUGUAGAGACUAUUAGAGAAGUCCCUCGCACUUUUUUAAAUGUCUUUUUUCAUCAUCAAAUUUCUUUUUAAUGCAAAUGUUGCUUGUGACCUCCCGUAACCUAAAGAAAGUUCAAGGUGUAAAAUAAUAAGCUAAGCUGAGGUGGUUAGCAAUGGCUAAGGCAAGGGUGAGUAGGCACCAAUGGAAAAGAACCUCUACGCUGUCUCUGGUGCUCUCCAUGCUUCUCAUGCUGUCACUUGUGCUUCUGAUGCUCCUCGCUCUUGGAAUACUCAAUGUCCCUAUCAGAUCUGACGACGAACCCUCAUUUUCCCGGAGCCGUAUCAGAUUCAAGCGCUCAGCUUUGGAUAUCGUGGAGGAGGACGGUUUGGGGAAAAGAGGAGAACAAUGGACUGAAAUUCUUUCUUGGGAGCCCAGGGCUUUUGUUUUUCACAAUUUCUUGUCCAGGGAAGAAUGUGAAUACUUAAUAAGUCUAGCCAAGCCUCACAUGGCAAAGUCAACUGUUGUAGAUAGCAAAACUGGUAAAAGUAAAGACAGCAGGGUUCGUACAAGUUCAGGAAUGUUUUUAAAGAGGGGAAGGGAUCAAGUUGUUAAAAGCAUUGAAAAAAGGAUAGCGGACUAUACAUUCAUUCCUGUUGAGAAUGGUGAAGGUCUACAAGUUCUCCACUAUGAGGUUGGACAAAAGUAUGAGCCUCAUUUUGAUUAUUUUCUCGAUGAUUUCAAUACGAAGAAUGGGGGACAACGUAUAGCUACUGUACUCAUGUAUCUUUCAGAUGUUGAAGAAGGGGGUGAGACUGUUUUUCCUUCCGCGAAAGGCAAUUUUAGCUCUGUGCCUGAGUGGAAUGAGAUGUCAGAAUGUGCUAAAAGGGGCCUUUCUGUGAAACCAAAAAUGGGGGAUGCGUUACUGUUUUGGAGCAUGAGGCCUGACGGGACUUUGGAUCCAUCAAGUUUGCAUGGUGGUUGUCCAGUGAUAGGAGGAAAUAAAUGGUCUUCUACUAAAUGGAUGCAUGUUGGUGAAUACAAUGUCUGAAUGUUUGUAUAUGGGCUCUCUAGUUUGUUGGUUUGAUGGAUUGAUGGACACUCAAUCUGAUUUUUGUAAUUGUCAAAUUCCAUAUUCGGAAUUGAAUGUCCAAACUUUACAGCAUUUACUCUUCGUUAGCUUCCUUAAAAUUCAAAACCUUAUACAGAGUAUGUUGAAACAGGCAUGCAUUGUAUAAACGUAUAGUCUGUAUCUAACACUAUUAACACCAGUGGAAAAACGUUAAUUGGAGGCGCUAAAACUACGUUGUACAGCAUUUAGCAUUUUGAG